AUGGCUUCCUCUCUGCUUUCAUUCUCCCUCUACCUCUUCAUCUCCUUCGCCCACGCCCAACGUCCAGCCUCUUACUCCAACAACCCACCACCUCACUACUCCCACCCAUCAUGCUGCGACAAACACAACAUCGGCUACAACCCCAUCCUUGCCGCCAACCAAGCCAAACGCCUCUCAACCCACAGCUGGGAAUACGGCACAACCGCCGAAGCCCUCCUGGAACUCUACAACCCCCACCUAUCCGUCUUCUCCCGCACCGCCUUCCCAAACAACCACCUCCCCAUACCCGACCCCGACACCAUCGAAUCCCUCCGCUACGCCCGCCAACACAUCCGUCUGAACAGCCCUACUCUGAUCGACGGCGGCGGCGCCACAGGCGACCCCGCCUCCCUCGGCGUCUCCGCCCUGCUCAUCGGCCAAAGCAUCCCAGCAUACAACGCCUCCGCGACGCGCCAACUCGAAUACCUCCUCAACCCACUCACGACCCCUCGUCUGCCCAAUGGUGCCUUCUCCCACCGCGAAGCAUACCCUGCCGCCUGGGCGGACUUCAUCUCCAUGGCGCCCCCUUUCAUGGCGUACUACGCCGUCGCCACGCAGAAUGACAGCUACAUCCGCGCCGCGAUUGGGCAGUGUCUGUUCUACCGCCAGAUCCUCAAGCCUAACGACACGGAGUCGGAUGCGUGGCAACAUAUCCUCUUCGGCCCGCGCGCGCAGCAGGACCCCGGGCGGUGGAGCACGGGCAACGGGUGGGCGGCGAUGGGGAUGGCGCGCGUGCUGGGCACGCUCGUGCACUGGCUCGUGUUGGCCAAGCUCGACGACGAGAAACCGCGCAUCGCGGCAGGGGACUUGUUUCUCUGGAUCGGGGAGAUUGUUUCCGCGGCCAUGGGGCAGGGUGUGCGGGGACAGAAUGGGUUGCUGAGGAAUUACUGGGACCAGGAGGGCUGGGAAGGGGAGAUCAGUGGGACUGCGCUGGUGUCGGCGGCGGUGUAUAGGGCUGCUGUGUUGCAGCGGGAGGCGGCGGUCGUUUUCGAUGGGGUGCGUGUUGAGGGGAGUAAUUAUACUCGGCCGAUCACGCCCGCUAUGCUCUCCUGGGCGGACCAAAAUCGCAAGGUCCUCGCGGGGCAUGUGAAUGAAUUGGGGAUUGGGAGUCCUGCGGUGAAUCCUUUGGAUUGGAAGAGUCGGGCGUAUGUGGAUGAUGGGAGUCCGGAGGGGCAGGCGUUUUUGGUCAUGUUGUAUGCUGCUUGGAGGGAUUGUGUUGUUGCGAGCGUGUGUAGGGAGUAG